AUUUCACUUGUCAGAAACCUCCUAAGCCUGUCCCAGUCUCACCCUUUAUUCUCUGAACUUCUUUGUACGUGGGUUGGUGCUCUAAGCUCCUAACAGUGGGAUUACGAGGCAUGUGGGUAUUACAGGGAGAUAAAUCAGGAGGCAUAGAUCCUUUAUUCAUCUGCUUUGAAGAGAGCGACUGGGCGGUUUAUGGGAGCAACAUUCAACUCUGAACCUGAAAGAGAACCAUCAGACACUCAACGACAUCAGAAUGAGCGACAACACUACUUUGGCUCCUCCAUCUUCAAACCAGGGUCCCACUACCCCACGCAAGGGGCCCCCCAAGUUUAAGCAGAGACAGACUCGCCAAUUCAAAAGCAAGCCUCCUAAGAAAGGUGUUAAAGGGUUUGGAGAUGACAUUCCAGGCAUGGAGGGGCUAGGAACAGACAUCACGGUGAUUUGUCCCUGGGAGGCAUUCAGCCACUUGGAACUGCAUGAGCUUGCUCAGUUUGGGAUCAUCUGAGGCACCAGAGGUUCUGCCAUUCUCAACAGCAGCUGCUGUAGUUUUGAUUCCUUUUGCCCUAUUGAUCUGCCAGAGUCUUGAAAUUCAGCUGUUAGGAAGUGGUUUCUUCCGCUGACAGUCAUUUCCCUUAAAUUGCUGCAAAGAGCUCUCUUAGCGUCAGACCCUCUCCUGCCAUAUAGUUCAGCUCAGAAUAGUGGAUGCAGAUAGACUUGUUCAAUCAUUUCAAACUUGACCACCUUUUCUUAUCAGCUGCUUAGAAUUCAUCCAUAGUUCUCUAAAUGUUGUUUAUUUGUGAAGUCCUUCAAAUCUAUUUAAAGGCAUUCCCUGUAGUUAGUAGCAGCUUUUAAAGAUAACAUUUAUGUCACUCCCUUCCCCUUCUCAUUUAAUAAAGGACAUACUGACCUUGAAUCUGAUGAUGCAGUGGUAGUAAAUGCUGUAUGCAAAUAUCUGAUACCCUGUUCUGAGAGCCAAUUAAACAAAGAAACAAGCACAGGGCAUAUGAAAGAGCGUGGGAGGAAGAGUCAAGCCCUGAUUCUGCUUUGUAACUUUGUGAAUCGUGCACGUUCUGGGUCUUAAUUUUAUGGAACUGGGUCAUCCCUGAGGUCCUAAGCAGCUUGUACAAAUUGGACAGCCUUAUGUUUGAUGGAAGACUGGAGAUUCAAACUCAGGAAUCUGAUAAUGUGAGCCUUCCUCUCCCUGCCUUAUCUCAGCUGAUGGAAAAGAUUUAGAUGCUAGAAAGUUUAGACUUAGAUGCAAAGGACAGGUGGUUGAACCCUCUAGAUAAAAUGAUGGGUUGCUUCACCGUGGAGGUUGUGUCAAAUGUAAUGUGUACAUAGCUAUCUUUCCUCAAUACUUUCAAGGCAAUUGUGCAAUUCAAA